CACAACCUGUACACCAGUGAUUGAAACGGUGGAAGCACACGAUUCUAGAAGCAUUUUCACCAAUUCCCAGCAGCACCACACCUCUUUUCCUUUCUCUCUUUCCCUUCUCUUGGUCAAAACAGUCAAACUGUACCACACUCCCUCUCUUUCUUGUUCCAAGCCUCCAAUGGCAGAGCUCUGAUAACUCCGGUCACUGCCGCGCAACCCCCGAAGCAUCCGAUUUGGCAUUUCAAGAGGCUGACCACCUUCCAUUAGCACUAGCUUGACUUGUUGCGGCUUUUGAUGAGAAGAUCUGCCACGAAUCAGAAUCACCGAUUAAGAUGGCGAAGCGUGGACAUAAGCACCAGGAGUUUGUAGCGCAUACAUCUGGUGUCAAUUGUUUAAGUAUUGGGAAGAAAUCAUGCAGAGUGUUUAUCACUGGGGGAGAAGAUCGCAAGGUGAACCUAUGGGCAUUUGGCAAACCAACCCCUUUAUUGAGCUUGUCUGGUAGCACAAGCCCAAUUGAAUCAGUAUCCUUUGACCCCACCGAGGUAUUAGUGCUUGCAGGAUCCUUUAAUGGCACUAUCAAGCUUUGGGACUUGGAAGAGGCAAAAAUGGUGCGGACAGUUAAUGGUCACAGAUCCAGUUGCACAUCUGUUGGAUUUCAUCCGUUUGGUGAAUUCUUUGCGUCUGGUUCUUUGGACACUGAUCUUAAGAUCUGGGAUAUUAGGAAAAAGGAAUGUAUUCACACAUACAAGGGCCAUACACGAGGAGUUCGAACAAUAAGAUUCACUCCAGAUGGUCGGUGGGUAGUUACUGGUGGAGAAGAUAAUAUUGUCAAGUUAUGGGAUUUAACUGCAGGGAAACUUUUGCAUGAGUUUAAGUUCCACAAUGGACAGAUUCGGUGCAUAGAUUUCCAUCCUCAGGAGUUUCUUCUCGCAACGGGUGCAGCAGAUCGAACUGUAAAAUUUUGGGAUUUAGAGACAUUUGAGCUUAUAGGAUCUGCCGGACCUGAGUCUUCAGGGAUACGCUCUAUGAUCUUUCAUCCUGAUGGAAGAACCCUGUUGUGUGGGUUGGAUGAAAAUCUGAAGGUUUUCUCAUGGGAACCCAUAAUAUGCCAUGAUGCUGUUGAGAUGGAGUGGUGCACUUUGGCUGAUCUCUGUAUUUAUGAAGGAAAACUUUUUGGUUGCUCCUACCGGCAAAGCUGCAUUGGAGUUUGGAUUGCAGAUAUAACGCUCAUUAGGCCAUAUGCAGUUGGCGUGAUGCAUAAGGUGGAUGAUCUUAUGGAACCUAUAUAUAGCCAUGAUAAAAAUCACUCCGUUGAGCCAUUUGUGAGCAUUUCAAAAUCAAGUCCCCUGAUUGCUGCUGAACAUCUGCAAUGUGAAUCUAAAGCCGAAGAUCUACUUAAAAGAUCAUUCAUGAUUUCUAAUCAAUGUGGUGAAUGCACCCCUAAGGCAGUAGAGUCCAUAUAUGCAUCAAGUAAUGCACUGAUAAGUUCCACUGAACUCAAAAGUAAAAGAGCUAGUGUAAGCCUUCACAGUGAUCCACCAAAAAGUCAUUCGAAAUCUUCGGCAGGAGUAUCCGCCAUAAAUUCUGCUACAUUGACAGUUCAUAAAACAACAGAGAAAUCUUUGUCUUCAAGCAAGAUGAGGCGCUGUUCAUCAUUGAGGAAUAUUUCUCUAAUUUCAGCCACUUCGCGUGCCAGAGGCUCACUGCCUUCCAAGAAGGGCUCUUUGACAGACAUGCAUACAGUGACCAAUAGUCAUGCUAAAUAUGGCCCUGUUUCCACUCCUGUUAUUGUACCCAGGGAUGCUCUAGCCCAAACUACUAUUGGAAAAGAAACCACAACUACCAGAACUUCUCAUCUUACAGAAAGCUGCAUGCCAAUUCAUCUGCAGAAGCCAUCAUUGAAUGAUGCAAAUGACAGUUCAGAAGGCUCCAUGGUGAACUGUGGAAGUGCAGAAGAAGAUGAGAAGGACCACGCCAGAAACAUUUCUGGAAACUUUGAAAGAAUCAUGACAUUGGAUCCAUCAUUAGAGUUGAAAGAUGAUAAAUAUGCCGAAACAGUCUGUUCCAGCAAUGAAGCAAGCCCAGUUAAAUACGUUAGAGGAGUUGCUGUUCAACUUGGAAGAACAAGGUCCUUAGUUGAGAGUUGGGAGAAAAGAGAGAAAUCAAACAGUGGCUCGUCAACCAUUGCUUGUUCACCCUCUGAUCCUGUAUCAACAGUGGAGUCUUCACCAUCCUUGUCGAAAGGACAAGAUGAUUCGUCUGCAAGGGACAUGACAAGAGUAGAUGAUGAUUUUAUUCCUGGAGUUCUAUUGCAAAACCAUGAUGUUCUGAUUAAUGUCAUCAAAUCUCGCCUGACAAAGUUGCAGGUAGUGCGACACUUCUGGGAACAAAAUGGCAUUAAAGGUGCAAUCAAUGCGGUUGUGAAACUGCCUGACCACUCAGUUCAAGUUGAUGUGAUCAGUAUUCUUAUAGGGAAAACCAGACUUUUUACCCUUGAUCUCUUCACAUGCUUGCUGCCUAUGCUUGCUGGUUUACUAAACAGCAAGACCGAAAGGCAUAUUACUGUCUCCCUAGAAAUGCUACUGGAGCUAGUAAAAGCAUUUGGACCUGUAAUCAGUUCAACCUUAUCUGCUUCUUUGGUGGGGGUUGAUCUUCAGGCGGAACAGAGCUGGGUGACAAACACAGGUUGGAGCAUUGCCGGCAGUGUUUCAACCAGUUGGAGAAGAUAAAACAAAUCCUUCCUUUUUUAAUUAGGAGUGGAGGGUUGCUAGCGAAGCAUGCUCACAUCUUGAAUGUAGCAUUAGAAGCUCUAUGAUCUUCACUGAUACAACAGAGAAACAAUCAUUUUGACUGCUGACAACAUUGUAACAAGGUGUCUUUUCCAGUUGGAGCUUCAGGGACUUGGCAGCCCGGAUAGAUUCUCAUAUCCAGGAUAUGAUCAAUGUAACAUGUCUGAAGAUUUGGUGUCCUGUGGAUUAACCUUGCUCCAUCCCAUUCUUGCCCAACAUCUCCCAGAGUCUGGGAUUACAAGCCAUCCAGAUGGAGAGUUGAUGUUUCUUUGUUCACUUUCUGUUUUUCCCCUUCAUCAUCACUCGCCCAUUUUUGGUCCUUGUCUUGUGUUUUGUAUUAUAAUAGUGUACCAAAAAGUGUAAUUUCCUUAGACUGCUGGCCAACAUGAUAAUAAUAAUGAAGUAAAGGUUGAAAGAUAUUAAACA